AUGAAGCUUCUCGGUAUGGCGGCGCUCUGCGCGCUCUUGUCUUUUGUUGCCGGCACGGACAGUGGUGUCGUCCACUACGUGCGCGGCCUCGAGGUGCAGCCGGGUGGUCGCGAUCUCGCCGACACCGCUUGGAGCGGCAGCAUCGCGUUCGACCUCCAGAGCAUUGCCAAGGACGGUGUGACGUCCGAGAACGGCGAGAACCUCAUCAAGAACAUCCAGCAGGCCAUGAAGGUCGGCCAACUCGCUGCCACGGACGGCCCAGGCCUCGUCAACUCGAUCCGAAAAGUCAUCAAGAGCGGCGCCAACGCCAAGGACGGCACCGCCAUCGUGAACCAAGUGCAGUCGAUCUUGAGCCAGGCCACGAGCGUGUUUGACGCGGAGCCUGUCGUGUGCCGCCGCCAAGGUGUCGGGCGCGGCGUCGGCAUUGCCGUCGAGAACCAGUGUCUGCCCGGCGAGGAGGCGUACGGUGCGCUCUGCUACCCCAAGUGCAAGGAAGGCUACGAGGCAGUGGGCUGCUGCAUCUGCCGCAAGAAGGGCUGCGGCGACGUUUCCGAGCUCGACGCACGCGUGUUUUCCUGGUACCCGAAAUGCAAGGCCGGGUUCCACAACGUUGGCUGCUGCAUUUGCUCGCCCGAUUGCCCCGAGGGGUUCCGUGACGACGGUGCGUUCUGCGCCAAGGACAGCUACGGCCGUGGCGUCGGUGUCUCGCGCCUCGGGUGCCCCAAGCAUCUGGAGAAGAGCGGCCUCUUCUGCUACCCGCCGUGCGCUGCCAACCAAGUCGGCGUCGGUCCCGUGUGCUGGCCGCAGUGUGUGAACCCCGCUGGCACCGACUGCGGCCUCUUCUGCACAUCCAGCGUCGCCACGUGCGUCAACACCGUCGUCGACAUUGUCGGCCAAACGGCCAAGGUGACGCUCAGCUUGGUGGCCGAAGACUACACUGGCGCGAUCAUGACCGCAGUCCAGACGGGCGGCAAGUACAUCUACAUCAGCUUGAACGCGUGCCCCAAGUAACUGCAUCGUGCUGUCGCUCAUCUUGCAUUGUUGUCGACGUAGCGGGUUGACAUGCAUGUUCAU